AUGGCUGACUUUUAUAAUACAACAAUUGGUGAAAUUUUUCCAAAUUCAAACGCUGAAAUUUUUAGCGUUCACUCUGACUCUCCAGUUAAAGAUGCUUUCGAGUUAAUGAUAAAAAAGAAAGUUCUUUCAUUACCAGUUUAUGAUACAAAAACUAGAAAAUAUAAUAAAUUUAUUGAUAUGUUAGAUAUUGUUUCCUUUUGUAUCAAUCACUUUUCACAAAAGGAAUUAAGUGAAUUAGAUUUAAAUUUCAUUCUUGAAUCAAAAGAAAUUUUCCAAAAAUUCAAAAUUGGUGAUAUUUGUGAUUUAUCAGGUAGAAAUGGAUAUUAUCCAGUUGAAUCAACAGCACCAUUAAAGAUUGGUAUUGAUUUAAUGACCAAAUGGGGUGUACAUCGUUUACCAAUUAUCGAUUCAGAAGGUACAUUAAUUUCAAUACUUACACAAUCAAGAGUUGUUGAAUAUAUUCAAAAUCAUAUUCAAAACAUUAAUGGUUUAGAUAAGGCAAUUGGUCAAUUAAAAGAGUUUGGUACAAGCUCUGUCAUUAGUAUUAAACAAGAUCGUAUGGUAAUUGAUGCUUUUAGACUAAUGCAUGAAAAUGGUAUUAGUGCCGUUCCUGUAGUUAACCAAAUCGGUAUUUUAAUUGGUAACAUUAGUGUUUCUGAUAUGAAAAUGGUUGGUUAUGAUGGUACUUUAUUUAGUAGAAUGUUUUUACCAAUUGAAUCUUUCUUAGAAAUGAAACCAAAAAAUCAAAAUAUUGAUAUCUUUGGUAAAGUACUUUGUGUUUUAGAUUCAACUACAAUUGAAGAAAUUAUUACAAAAUUCUAUAUUUCAAAGGUUCAUAGAUUAUAUAAAGUUGAUUUAGAGGGUAGACCAUCCGCUGUUAUUUCACAAGGAGAUCUUUUAAAAUAUUUUGCAUAA